ACCUAUUUCCUUCCCCACAGAAUGUGUGCUUGAUCAUUGAGUGCAUGUAAAUUGUAUUAUCUUAUUUUGUAUUACCUUUGAUAAAACUGCCAACUAAAGAAUGUCACUCCACCACCCAGGUUCUAUAAGGAUUAAGUCAUUAGUGACUGCAGUCGCUGACUUUUAACACACACUAAAAGAAAUUCAGGGUGGAGAUCAGGAACAAGGCACUCUGUACUCUGGGAAAAUUGGCAGAACAGGCCUUUCGGAUGGUUAGAUAUUUUUAGGAAAAAAUUUUAUGAACACAAACUCUUGCAUCUUCUCAUAUCUAGAAAAGCACUAAAGCCAUUAACUAAGAUAUCUGUUCCUUGCGACUAGCAGCAACUUUCUACCGAGAUGUGUGCUUGACUGCAUGUACCCCUUGGCCGAAAUCACAUAUGUACUGAUCUCCCCCUUCACCUCUUCAGAACAGUUUUGCAGAGCAGUCUCCUGGGCUAUAGACACUGAGUAAACUCAACUCAGAGCUCUUACAUUGUAAGUUUUUUUCAGUCAACAAAAUCUGAAAAGUUUUAAGCUCUGAAACAUUUGCCUCCAAGGAUUUCGAACAAGGGAUUGAGAACCUAUGGCAAUCUCCUGGCUAUUUCUGCAUUUUGCCCAAACUCCAUCCCUUAGUUGCACUUGAUCCUCAUGACCUUGUAAAGAAGCCAGGGAGAUCCCAGCCAGGUACUGUCCCAGGCCCAACCCUCCCUGAGGCUGGCAAGACUAGGGUGUCAGUCUGAUCCGCCCUAGGCUCCACCCACCUAAGACUGUUAUUAACACCUUGAGGACCCACCUCUGCAUUCCCGCAUUCUCACAUUCCUUGCUGCCUUUGACCACAGUUAUUUCUUCAGGGACAAGCAUGGCCUGGAAGACAACGUGGCUACUGUUCCUUGUGGUAGGGGCGGCUGCCGUAUGGACAGCCCGGCCCAGGACUGAGCUUCUCAAUGUCUGCAUGAAUGCCAAGCACCAUAAGGAAAAGCCAGGUCCCGAGGACAAGCUACAUGAGCAGUGCAGUCCCUGGAAGAAGAACGCCUGCUGCUCCGUCAACACCAGCCGAGAAGCCCAUAAGGAUAUUUCCUACCUGUACAGAUUCAACUGGGAUCACUGUGGCAAGAUGGAGCCCGCCUGCAAGCGCCACUUUAUUCAGGACACCUGCCUCUACGAGUGCUCACCUAACCUGGGGCCCUGGAUCCAGGAGGUGAACCAGAGCUGGCGCAAAGAGCGGGUCCUGAACGUGCCCCUCUGCAAAGAGGACUGUCAGAUCUGGUGGGAAGACUGCCGCACCUCCUACACCUGCAAGACCAACUGGCACAAGGGCUGGAACUGGACCUCAGGGUAUAACCAGUGCCCAGUGAGAACUGCCUGCCACCGCUUUGACUUCUACUUCCCCACGCCUGCUGCUCUGUGCAAUGAAAUCUGGAGUCACUCCUUCAAAGUCAGCAACUAUGGCCGGGGAAGCGGCCGCUGCAUCCAGAUGUGGUUCGACCCGGCCCAGGGCAACCCCAACGAGGAGGUGGCGAGGUUCUAUGCUGAGACCAUGAGUGGGGCUGGGCUCCGUGAGGCCUGGCCUCUGCGUUUCGGCCUGGUCCUAAUGUUGCUCUGGUUGCUCAACUGAGCUCCUUUUAUUUUCUGAUACCUGGACAUCCCUGCCCUGUUAAGACCCACAGCUCCCAAUUAGUCAGUUUCUGUUCCUUGGUGGGAACUCUGACUGUUUGAAUAAAACCAGACACCCCACGUGUAAGUU